AUAUUUGUUUACCCACGCGAACUACAACAAAAAAGCAUAACAUAAGAAACGUACACAAAUUUUUCAUUGCUUCUUUUCGAUAGCCGUUAUCUUACUUCUCCCAAACCGGCUCUCUGUUAAUUUAAUCAAUACCAUUAGUACCCAGUCUGUUUUACUGGAUGACUGUUGAAUUCUUAGUUUUAGACUCAAAUCUUUUUUCUAACUUUUCCCGUCAUGGGAAUCACGUCCAAUCUAACGUUGUUAACAGUGAUAAGUGUGUUUGCGGCAUUAUUCUCUAUAAUUUACCAGGCCUAUCUAGCAUCAAACGAUCUAAAAAGUCUGACGAAGAUUUUGCAAAAUCUCAAAGCCUUGGAACAUGAAUUCAAGGUCGACAAGCCACGGGUUGCGAUAGGCUACGGGUCGUGCAGUGAUCUAUAUGUGAAGGCUGUAGAUUUUCUUAAUUUUACCAGCGGAAUCGAGGAAUCACUAUCACAAGAAACAUUGAACAUAGACGACAUCUCUACCGAGGAUGACUUUUUGCAGAGUUUUGCAUAUUACUUCCAGCGUGGCGCUGCUGCAGAACGAUUCACUUCCAACAGAAAUUUAUUUCAGAACUUCGUGAGAUUAGCGAAAAAAUCUCAAACAGCUGAGCCGCGAUGGGCUUUGGGCGGAAACGCCCCGGUAAUUGGAUCUAGACUAGCUGCUGAGGGUGCCGAUGUGGUUUUGGGCGCAAAAAUGUCGUCCAAACUCAAAUCUCACCUAAGACCAGAUGUGCGACUGACCGGCAGUCUGAUAGAAGAUGACGAUAUCCAUCUAAUUUUGGAGUACAAAACUGGCGACGAAUGGGGAACACUGAAAUCUCCACGAGCAAACCGAUACAUUCUUCACAAUGAUCACCAUAACCCUUUAAUAAGCUCGCUAGAAGAAUUUGAACAAGCACUGCCAGGAUUUAAUCCACAUCUUUUCGUAGUCAGUGGCCUUCAGAUGAUGGACAAUUAUUUUUAUGAAAAAGGGGUUCGGGAAUCAAGGAUCAAAAAAGUUCGUAAUCAAAUGGAGACUCAAUCUCCUAAUACGUCAAUCCACUUCGAAAUGGCCAGUUUCGUUGAAUUGGAACUGAUUCAACUAUUGUUAAAAGAUGUUAUGCCAUACUGUGACUCCAUCGGCAUGAAUGAACAAGAAUUGGACAAUUUGAGGCAGGUCUUAGAGUUUGGUCAGAUCUCACUAGUUGCCGAUUGCAAUCCUCGCGUUGCGAUAUCACUCGACCAGGCUAGAUCUGUUUUUAAAAUGCUCAACGAGGAUUACUUCAAGCAUCGAUCUAGCGACUCUAGGCGGCGAAUGAUUACUCGGAUUCAUUUGCAUACUUUAGCUUACCAGGCCAUACUCAUAGUCAAAAAUAACCGAUGGAAGAAUACUAAGAAUGCAGCGGCCAAAGCGUCUCUGACCGCACAUCGUCAUGUAUGUGCCAGUUCAAUCGUUAAUCCGGAUGCUGCAUUCCGACUGUUGGACGAUAGUUUUGCAACAUCUGCGCAGGAAGGAGCUGAUCGCAUUCCGUUCUCCGAAGAAGACCCAGUUUCUUGCUGGGAUGAAACAUUUAAUUUUGAUGGACAGCCACCAGUUGAGGUGCAAAUCUGUGUUGCGCCUGUGCUAAUUUGCAAGAUUGCAAAACAAACCGCUGGAGCCGGUGAUAAUAUUUCCGGAGCAGGACUGAUAUUACAAAUUUAAAAAUAAAAUUCUCUUUACAUUCCAAUUCAAUAAACGAAUAACUGAAACUUUUUAA